GGCAGGUGCGUGGAGCGCGCGUACGUUCGACAACUUUGUGCAACAGCUGUUUUUGGCGCCAACGCGAUCUUACUCACGAUCGGGAAACAUAACCUACAAAAUUUGUUAACAAGUUCAAGUUUUACAUUAGCAUUGUGUAAAGUGUAGAAAGACUAAUGAAGAUGACAGUUAAUCGAAUAAGAGUUGUGGUGCUUGGCAGCGCUCGUUGCGGGAAAUCGGCCGUGGUGGUUCGUUACCUCACUAAGCGUUACAUCGGAGAAUACAGCUCUACCGGCGAUUUCCUCUAUCAACACAGAGUUGCAUUCGAUGGCGCGACGUCUGAAGUGGAGAUUUUAGAUACCUGUGGUUGUGCGAAACGCGGCUGCCUGGCCGAACAUCUCCGCUGGGGCGACGCCUUCGCGAUAGUGUACUCCGUGUGCGACCGGCGCUCCUUCCUGGCGGCGGCCGAGCUCCUCGCCCUGCUGGAGCGGACCCGGCUGCCCGGCUGCACUGCGGUCACGCUGCUAGGGAACAAGCGGGACUUGGAACAUGCGAGAGUCGUGAAAGCGGAGGAGGGUCAGGAGCUGUCGCUGCGGUUCGGGUGCCAGUUCUACGAGGUGUCGGCGGCGGAGUCGUGCGCGGGCGCGGCGCUCGCCUUCCACGCGCUGCUGCGCGAGGCGCGCGCGCUGGCGCUGCUGCUGCCCUCGCCGCGCCGCAAGCUCGCCGCCUAUUCUGUUUCUAAAGUAAUCGGAUCCAUUCUUGGGCUAAGCAACAAGAGCGUGCGGAAGAAACGCCCAUCUCUGAGCAUAUGAAGCAUUGGUUUGCACUUCGCGGAUCUUGUUCACUCCAGGAGGAGUUUGUUGACCGUCAACGGCAGGCCUGUCUCGGUGGAGAGAUGAUAUUAAAGGAAUUUCUGGACAGAUAAGAGAUGUCAGCGUAAGCAGAACACAUUGAAGGAAAACUCUGACUGUAUAAUCUACAGUGUACAGGUCAAUAACAAUCUUUCAUUGUUUAUUUCAAUUUUAUUUCAAUCGAAUAUGAACAUUAUGUUAUGCCUAGUUCUCAUAGAACUUUCUUUUAAAUGAACUUGUCUUUAAUCUUAUUCAAUGUGAUAAUUGUGUUACUUAUUAAAAUAAGAUUUUUAAAAGACAUAUUGGUUUGUGUGCUUUUGUAAUUGUUUACCAAUACAUAUUUAUUUCAAUCCGAUAUGAAGGUAGAUGAUAGAAUAUUAUAGUAGCAUUUUAUUCUGUUAAAUCAAAAAGACUAGAUGUUUUUAUAUUUAAUCACCAACCAAUUGUCUAUGUACAUGCGUCGUCAACACAACAACUAGAUUCAUGUACCUAUUUGCGGCAGAACGAAAAAAAUAUGGUAAGAAAAUUGCGCUUUUGAAGUAUUCAUUGAAAGCAUUACCUAAGUCUGCCUGAUCUGAUCUCUGAUUACAAUACCGGAUAUUAUAUUACAAUACAUACACAAAUACAGUUCUUAAAAGUAUGAAUAAAAUAAGGUACCUAAACCCUUUACGAAUGAUGUGGCAUCAAUAGUGGAAAGGUACUAAACACUCUAGUUUUUAAGUCUGGCAACAUUUCCCAUAAUCAAGAUGUACUUAUUUAAGUUUGACGUUAAAUGAAUUUCAGCGUGUUUAAAAUGGUGACAUGGUGGCCACAAUUGCAGAAGAAAUUAAAUAAUCUGAAAUUAUAAAAUAAAUCCUCUGCAGGAAGUAAAAGCCUAUUCAUGGAUCAGUAGCAUUGUUUACACACUUUAGAAGGAAAUUUCAUAAAUACAUGAAAAGAGAUUAAAAUGAAGUGCCUGUGUAAAUUAUUACAAUUAAAUAAUAAGAGUGAUUAUCGAAUAAUAUACCUAAUUUGACUGUAUUGUUUUACAAUCGUCGACAUGUUAACGGAUAUUUUCCAUUGUGUAAAAGGUGCCUAAAUUACAUGUUAGAAAUAAGACUGUCCCUGGACCAUUAGUUUAAGCGCGAACUAUUUAAUUGUAAAUAUGUACCAACCUAUAAAUUUACGAAGUAAAUGUGCCAUGAUAUUUUUAUUUGAUAAUAAAGUAUAUUUAGUAGGUAUCCUGUUAAAUAAAAUUAUUAA